UAUGAAGAAGGCAGUAAAAGAGGCUGAGAGAAUAUCUUCUAAAAUAUCAUCUCCUAUGAUUGUUGAUUUAUUUGAAUCUCAAGGUUCAGGUAUAUUACCAUAUUUAAAGAACUCAUUGAAAACUAGAUUAGCAUUAAAUUAAACAGAAUCUUGUUUUAUUGGUAAUAGAAGUAUCAAAGUUAUUUAGAUUUUAAACGAAGUUAGUUUCCUUUAUUUGCAAAAGAUAGAUAUUUUGAAUUUUUAGAAGCUUAUAAUAGAAAGGAUAAAGUAGAUUUAAUUAGAUUAUUGUCUGUGCCAUUAUAUGAUGUAUUUGUAAUAUUUGAAAUAUUAGAUUGUAAAAGCAAGUCUUAAAGAUAAUAAACCUUUGCCUUUUAAAUUAUAUAAAGAAAUGACUGAUGCUUAAUUAGUUUAAGCUAGAUUAUUUUCAUAAAAGAAGAUGGCAUUAUAAUCAUCAUAAACAUGGCAUCAAAUUACUGUUAAAUUUAAUUUUAUUGAUCCAGAAAGUAAGAAAGAUGUUGUAAAAUACAAUGUUUUAGAAAGAAGAGAAUCAGAUAGUUCUGAAAAGGAUUGGCGUAUAUGUAAAUUAGAUUGAU